GUGACAAUAUAGUCACAUGAUACAAACAGUCAUUCUCGUUUCCCUUCCAUUUAAAAGUUCUGGCAACAGAGACACGCUAAUAUCAUAACGUACAAUAAGGUUUACCGAUGGCGUCAAAGGUCACGCCCUACUUCAUUCUGACAGCUGAGGGCUGCAUGGGCACCAAUGAACCGCAAAACGUGUGUGAUGUCACAACAGAAGAAACGGCGGAAGAAAAGAACAACACAGAAAUUGUCAAAUACAAAAAAAAUCCCACGGUAACAACACUGACAAGAAAAGAGCUCACACGGAAACGGAUGGAGUUUAUCCAACAGAAACUGGAGGAGUCCAGAGCGAGACAUGCCGAGAAACAAAAGACACUGUCAAUUAAUUUACGACCGAUUCCGAGGGUUGGAGACUCAUUCAUGCCCCGCACUCCGCAUACAUACGUAAUUCCGGAUACUUCUCACAAACCUCAACAAGAAUCGCCUCCCAGAAAAGUGGAAAUGGUUCCUUUGUCUGUCAGCCGGAAAUCGCCCACUAAUGGAGACAUGCCGUAUGUUUAUUUCGUUGUAUCUGUGGACCGUUUGCAAAGAUCAAAGACAGAUUUAAGUUUGAGUUCAUAUGAGAGUCUGGAGAGCUCAGUAAGUGGAAAUUCGAGUGUUAAGAAAAAAAAUAAACUUCUAUCGAGAAACCAGCGCAGAAAAAAGAAACAGGACGACAACUACUCAACUGUUUCCAAGAGUGACGGUAACUUUAGUAGUGGAAAGAAACAGAUAUUCUCUAGGAAGCAGAUCCCCUUCUGCUAUAACUCCUCUCCCGUAAUUCCACCGCCCACUCCAGCCACUGUCACCACCUAUAACAUGCAAGACAGAGCAGAAGAUGACUGCCAAACAGAGCGACAUCUAUCGGUGGGCGAUCUACGAGAUUUCAACGAAAAUCGUACCGUCCUUGCUGGCAAAGCUUCGCCACCCCGACUCAUAGAACUCCCUUAUAUAUCGGCAGAUCUCCAGCGAAAAAAUCUCGGAUCGUCGAAUUCAUCCAUGGAAGGCAAAGCAAUGGAGGUAUAUCGGAAAGCUCUGGCGAGUGAAUCGGGAAAGAAGGUUCAUUUUGCAGAAGGAUUUGAUUUGCCUAGCAUUCGUGGGGGCGCUAUGGGUAUACCGAGGGGUCUAAUGCCAAAUUUUGGCAACCGUCCAAACACUAUGCCAACGAUAAUGAGUGAGCGGGACGACUUUGAUAGAUACAUAAAUACAGCCAUUCCUAAAACAGCCUUCGGUACACCGAGAUCUCAAAAGCCAGGACAGCCUCUGAAUCUUCCGAAAAUCGAUAUUGUCUCAGGAGUUUAUGAUGAACUCAUCGUAAAGGCGAUAGAAGCUUACAUCAACGAAUUCCCGCCAAAUUCUAAGCAGGGGAGGGUCGCUCGACAGUUGUUGCAGCAGCUUCACGAGAGAAGCAUAACAACGAAUGACCUGGCCAACAUGGAGAGAAGACCUCGCGGCCAUGGACUGAAAAUCAAAGAACUGGAACCGGAUACCUCAAGGGGAAAUGAAAUGCCCAUAAGCAAAACGUCCAGAGGACAACGACGACCCGUCAAACCUAAAGCAGACGGCGAAUUCAGUACGCUCGCGCCAACUUGUUUCCAAAUGGUGGCUCCAGGAGCUCAGUCGGCCCGUGAUGAAGUGACCGUGGUCUCGCUUAAAUAGACAGCACUUCGAAAAAAAGAUGACUUCUCAAAUUCUUACAAAAAGUAAUGCUUAUGUAGUAUAUGUGUCAAUCUCAGCAGUGGGGUUUUGGUCUAUUCAGACAGAUACAUAAGUACAUGAGAUUGUGAGCACUAGUGCAUGACGUGACUGUCGUAUAAACAUGUAUUUUCAGGAGUGCUAUAUUAGCAUUUGUUGUAGAUAAGGUGAUAAUCUACUGUAGUCGCUGUCUUACCUAUAAUCCCUGUUCUUAUCUAAUCAAUAACUUUAAAGGGAUCAAAGUC